CCCUUCUCUGUAUAACAGUGUAGCUGUCUGUGGUGCCUUGCUCUGUUUGGUGCUUCAGAGUAGAAGGUUAAAAUGCACAUGAUAACGAGAAGCUGCGUCCUACUGCUGUGGUCGCAAUUAAUGACUUCUGUAAAAUGCCAAGACUGUACACGUGAACAGUUUAUUAACAGCCGUCACUUUGAUCGAAAUUUUGACAUAAGUGGUUUGGAUGCCACUUACGGCGGAGGAAAACAAGUCAGAGUUCCCUGCAAUGUUGGGUAUAGUGGCUUUUUCAAGAUGAUCUGUAGUGAGGGGACCUGGAAGUCUUCUAGCCCUAAAUGUGAACCGAAAUCCUGCGGACAUCCCGGAGAUGCACAAUUUGCAGAUUUCCGACUUGAGGUCGGAGAUGAUUAUGUGUUUGGAUCUCAAAUUGUUUACGAGUGCAACCCAGGUUAUCAGAUGGUGAGUCGGUCAAGCCGCAGGCGCUGCUUGGCAGAAGGCUGGGAUGGCAAGAUUCCAGUGUGUGAAGCCACGAAAUGUCCAGUCGUUCAUGCAGACAAUAACGUACAGGUUUUAGGGGGUGCAGAAGAAGCCACCUCUGGCAAUGUUGUUCGGUUUAGCUGCAAGUCAAGUGCUGAAAUCUUGUAUGGGUCACAAGAGAUUUAUUGCAAGGAUGAUGGAGAGUGGAGUGGCCAGCCUCCAAAAUGCAAAGCAAUAAGAUGUUCCGUCCCUCAGAUUGAACAUGGCCGUGUGCUUGGUGCCGCUCAGGAGUACAAAGAACAAGAAAUCUUAGAUUUUAGAUGUGAUCAUUCUUAUAAACGGGCUGAUGAGAGAACUCCAAGAUGCACAAAAUUUGCAGGAAAAGCAGACUGGAGUCCCACACCUGCAUGUAAACUAAUUAAAUGUGAACUGAAUCUGGCAUCAAUCCCUGGGACAACCCACGACCCUCCAUACAAAAACAUGUUUUUACCUGGAGAAACAGUGAGAGUCACAUGUGGGGAGAAACACUGGAUUCUGGACACGCAAACAACGGUGGCUGAUGUUACAUGUGGAAUCAAUGGAGACUGGAAUACGGAUCCGAUAUGCCAAGAGGUUACAUGCCCACGAUACAUACAAGAACCACAUUUGUAUCGUUUUGUUAACGCUUGGGGCAAAAACAAAUUAGGUGACAGAGUACGGUAUGACUGUGACUACAACUACGAUCCUGCAAGUUCAGACAGAACAGCGACGUGUACCAGAGACGGAUGGACACCGAAACCACUUUGUCGUGGGAAACAGUGUGAAAACCCUAACAUUGAAAACUCCAGAAUUACCAGCGGUAGUAGAGAAACUUACUCCAACAAUCACCGACUCACAUACCAAUGUUUGAGAGGGAAUCGGGAAUCUGUUACCAUCACCUGUAAUCGAGGAGUCUGGGAAGGGAUAAAGCAAUGUCCAGAUGUGGCACUUUGCCAGAAACCUGAAAUUACAAAUGGAUUUGCAGUUGAACCCAGUACAGGCACAAUUUACUACGCCUGUAAUGAACAUUUCAAACUUCCUACCAAAAGCUGGUGGGGUCAUGCCAAAUGUGAAGGCGGUGUGUUUGGCCAACUUCAUUCAUGUAUAGCAAAGACAUUGUGUGGAGAGGCUCCUGCAAUUUCCAAUGGAAAAGUGACAAUUACAAGGACACGUGCUACGAUUGAAUGCAAUAAAGGAUACACUGGAGAGAUUGCUGAACUAACUUGUGUAAAUGGAAGAUGGAAUUAUCAUGAGUUUACACCAAAAACGAUCUGUAGUGCAAUUGCUGAACACUGUGGCCCACCACCCAAAGUUGAGAAUGCAAUUGUCACCAUUUUAUACCAGAAGGAAUAUUUGGAUGGCUCCUCUGUGACUUAUCAGUGCCGUGACAAGUAUACGAUGGAGGAACAAGCCACCAUUACAUGCAGAGCUGGGAAAUGGGAAAUGAGAAACAUCACAUGUGUCCCUUUUUGUGAGCAGUUCAGUGACCCCCGACUGACAGUGAGAGCAGACAUGAUUAAUAAAAGAUACUUGGCAGGAGAAGUGGUCCAAUAUGCGUGCACUGCGCCUGGUGCCAAUGCAGAAGGCAACGCAACAUGUGAGAAUGGCCAGUGGAAAACAUCUGAAAAAUGUCCAGGCAUUCCUUGUGAAGUUUACCCAUUGGGUGACGGACUGAGACGUUUUGGAAGUGCAUCCCGAAAUAAUCUAGUGAAUCCUGGAGAUAAAUUAAGUUUUUUUUGUGGAGAUGAGUAUGACAUGGAGGGUUCUGAUGAAGUUCAGUGCUUGGACACGGGGAAGUGGGAUGCCCCGUUUCCAAACUGCUCUGAGAAAUGCAGAAUACCAGACAUACCCAGUACUGUUCGCAUCACUUCAUCUGUACAAGGCAAUGCUAUAAGUAAAGGAGAUACAUUGUCAUUUGACUGUCGUCAACAAGACCACAUCAUGCAAGGGAGUUCAACAAGUAGCUGUUUGGGAAACGGAAAGUGGAGCACUCCACCGCCUGAGUGCACAACUGCUGUACAUUGUUCAGCACCACCAACUCUUGAAAAUGGAGAUACCAAAUUAUUCAUCAGAUCAGAUGCAGAUUAUCAAACUGGUGACAGAGUUGAAUAUAUCUGUCUGACAAAGUACAUUAUGGAUGGUGACCCAUUCCAAACCUGCGACAAAGGUGUAUGGAAAGGAAACAUGAGAUGCCUGAAACCCUGCACUGUGAACGAGGAAUUAUUGAGUGAACAUGGUAUUUACUUUAAAAUUGGUGUUGAAACUAAGAUGUAUGCACCACAUCUGGAUCAUCUCACAUUUCUUUGUGUGAGGGGUAAAAGACGUGUUGGCUCUGUGCCGAUGCGUGUUCGGUGUAAUGACGGUCAGAUGACCCUGCCUACCUGCGAGUUGAACAGGAAGCUUAUUCCAGUAUUUGUUAGCGUUCACGUAAUGGAAAUAUGUCCAGGCAUUCCUUGUGAAGUUUACCCAUUGGGUGACGGACUGAGACAUUUUGGAAGUGCAUCCCGAAAUAAUCUAGUGAAUCCUGGAGAUAAAUUAAGUUUUUUUUGUGAAGAUGAGUAUGAUAUGGAGGGUUCUGAUGAAGUUCAGUGCUUAGACACGGGGAAGUGGGAUGCCCUGUUUCCAACCUGCUCUGAGAAAUGCAGGAAACCAGACAUACCCAGUACUGUUCGCAUCACUUCAUCUGUACAAGGCAAUGCUAUAAGUAAAGGAGAUACAUUGUCAUUUGACUGUCGUCAACAAGACCACAUCAUGCAAGGGAGUUCAACAAGUAGCUGUUUGGGAAACGGAAAGUGGAGCACUCCACCGCCUGAGUGCACAACUGCUGCACAUUGUUCAGCACCACCACCUCUUGAAAAUGGAGAUACCAAAUUAUUCAACAGAUCAGAUGCAGAUUAUCAAACUGGUGACAGAGUUGAAUAUAUCUGUCAGAAUAAGUACACUAUGGAUGGUGACCCAUUCCAAACCUGCGACAAAGGUGUAUGGAAAGGAAACAUGAGAUGCCUGAAACCCUGCAUUGUAUAUGGGGAAUCAUUGCGUGUACAUGGUAUUACCUUUAAAAUUGGUGAUGUGACUAAGAUGUAUGCACCACAUAUGGAUCAUCUCACAUUUGUUUGUGUGUGGGGUAAAAGACGUGUUGGCCCUGUGCCCAUGCGUGUUCAGUGUCAUGAUGGUCAGAUGACCCUGCCUACCUGCGAGUGGGUCCAGGAACAAACGGAGGAGUGCGGCGGAGAACGGACAGGUAGGCUCGGGUGCAACGGAGACACAGCGGAGUGGUUUGACCGCCAGCCGUGGGGUCCAGGAGAUACUUGCAAAACAACGGAGAGAGUGUCAAAGGGAUCACCUGAAGGCAACAGAGGAACACAAAGAGAAUCACUAGAAGGCUCAAGGCAACGAGGAACACAGAGACAGGGCUCAAGGGGGCUCAGAGGUACCGUGACUGGCAAACACUCAGGCGACGCUGGACUGGCGGUCAACUCCUUAAUGAACACUUGUGAAAUUGGUGUACUGGAUCCUAAUCUGUAUGUAUCUGGACUAACACCGACUGGUGGAACGAUGAAACCUGGACACAAGCUGGAUUUUCUCUGUGGUCCUGAUUAUCAGCUGGACGGCUCAAAGGAAAUUGAAUGUUUACCAACCGGCCAAUGGAGCGCUUCCUUCCCAUCAUGCUCUGUUCAAUUAUGUGCUCAACGUGAACACUGUGGCCCACCACCCAAAGUUGAGAAUGCAAUUGUCACCAUUUUAUACCAGAAGGAAUACUUGGAUGGCUCCUCUGUGACUUAUCAGUGCCGUGACAAGUAUACGAUGGAGGAACAAGCCACCAUUACAUGCAGAGCUGGGAAAUGGGAAACGAGAAACAUCACAUGUGUCCCUUUUUGUGAGCAGUUCAGUGACCCCCGACUGACAGUGAGAGCAGACAUGAUUAAUAAAAGAUACUUGGCAGGAGAAGUGGUCCAAUAUGCGUGCACUGCGCCUGGUGCCAAUGCAGAAGGCAACGCAACAUGUGAGAAUGGCCAGUGGAAAACAUCUGAAAAAUGUCCAGGCAUUCCUUGUGAAGUUUACCCAUUGGGUGACGGACUGAGACGUUUUGGAAGUGCAUCCCGAAAUAAUCUAGUGAAUCCUGGAGAUAAAUUAAGUUUUUUUUGUGAAGAUGACUAUGACAUGGAGGGUUCUGAUGAAGUUCAGUGCUUAGACACGGGGAAGUGGGAUGCCCUGUUUCCAACCUGCUCUGAGAAAUGCAGGAAACCAGACAUACCCAGUACUGUUCGCAUCACUUCAUCUGUACAAGGCAAUGCUAUAAGUAAAGGAGAUACAUUGUCAUUUGACUGUCGUCAACAAGACCACAUCAUGCAAGGGAGUUCAACAAGUAGCUGUUUGGGAAACGGAAAGUGGAGCACUCCACCGCCUGAGUGCACAACUGCUGCACAUUGUUCAGCACCACCACCUCUUGAAAAUGGAGAUACCAAAUUAUUCAUCAGAUCAGAUGCUGUUUAUCAAACUGGUGACAGAGUUGAAUAUAUCUGUCAGAAUAAGUACACUAUGGAUGGUGACCCAUUCAAAACCUGCGACAAAGGUGUAUGGAAAGGAAACAUGAGAUGCCUGAAACCCUGCACUGUGAACGAGGAAUUAUUGAGUGAACAUGGUAUUUACUUUAGAAUUGGUGUUGAAAAUAAGAUGUAUGCACCACAUAUGGACCAUCUCACAUUUCUUUGUGUGAGGGGUAAAAGACCUGUUGGCUCUAUGCCGAUGCGUGUUCGGUGUAAUGACGGUCAGAUGACCCUGCCUACCUGCGAGUAA